UCGACCAAAAGGAAGUGAAGGCUUCUCAAUUCUGCAGGAGCGUCAGGCAGGGUGCCUUCCUGCUUUGUCGGGUGCACUGAGCACAGACGCUGCUCCUGUUCACCCUCGAGCGCCUAACUAAUAAGUCCUAACUAAGCUCAAAUCACAGAAGUCCAGGGUGCUGCCACUGCUUUUUAAAAAACAUCCCAAAGGAAAGAAGCUCCGCGGAGAGUUCCUGAAAUGCAGAGAGCCAGAGAAGCCGAAAUGAUGAAAAGUCAGGUACUGUUUCCCUUCCUGCUGUCUUUGUUCUGCGGCGCCAUCUCCCAGCAGAUCCUAUACACGAUUCCAGAAGAGCUAGCCAACGGCUCACGGGUGGGGAACCUUGCCAAGGAUCUGGGGCUCAGUGUCCGGGAGUUGCCAACUCGAAAACUGCGGGUUAGUGCAGAGGAUUAUUUCAACGUUAGUUUGGAGAGCGGGGAUUUGUUUGUGAACGGUAGGAUAGAUCGAGAGAAGAUUUGCGGAAGGAAACUUGAGUGUGCACUAGAAUUCGAAACAGUCGCUGAAAACCCAAUGAAUGUUUUCCACGUGGUUGUUGUAAUCCAAGAUAUUAAUGACAAUGCACCACGUUUCGUUGUCAAAGGCAUUGACUUAGAAAUUUGUGAGUCAGCCUUACCCGGGGUAAAAUUCUCUCUGGAUUCUGCGCAAGAUGCAGAUGUGGAAGGCAAUUCACUGAAGUUAUACACCAUCAACCCCAAUCAAUACUUCUCUCUGUCAACGAAGGAAAGUCCUGAUGGAAGUAAAUAUCCAGAAUUACUGCUGGAAAAACCUCUAGACAGGGAACAUCAGAGCUCUUAUCGCUUAAUCCUGACUGCCAUGGACGGCGGGGACCCGCCUCUAAGCGGCACCACCCAUAUCUGGAUCCGAGUCACUGAUGCCAAUGAUAAUGCCCCCGUGUUUAGCCAGGAGGUAUACAGGGUUAGCCUCCAAGAAAACGUACCCUGGGGAACCUCCGUGCUGAGGGUGAUGGCCACAGACCAGGAUGAGGGCAUUAAUGCAGAGAUCACCUAUGCCUUCCUCAAUUCCCCAAUAAGUACCAGCCUCUUCAAUCUCAAUCCAAAUACCGGCGACAUCACAACCAAUGGCACACUGGAUUUUGAAGAGACAAGUAGAUAUGUGUUGGGUGUGGAGGCCAAGGAUGGAGGAGUACACACAGCUCACUGUAAUGUUCAAAUAGAAAUUGUUGAUGAGAAUGACAAUGCCCCAGAGGUGACAUUCAUGUCCUUCUCUAACCAGAUUCCAGAGGAUUCAGAGCUUGGAACUGUAAUAGCCCUCAUAAAAGUGCGAGACAAGGAUUCUGGGCAAAAUGGCAUGGUGACAAGCUAUAUUCAGGAAGAAGUUCCUUUCAAAUUAGAAUCCACCUCGAAGAAUUAUUACAAGCUGGUGAUUGGUGGAGCCCUAAACCGGGAGCAGACAGCAGACUACAACGUCACAAUCAUAGCCACCGACAAGGGCAAACCAGCCCUUUCCUCCAGGACAAGCAUCACCCUGCACAUCUCCGACAUCAACGACAAUGCACCUGUUUUCCAUCAGGCCUCCUAUGUGGUCCAUGUGGCUGAGAACAACCCACCUGGAGCCUCUAUUGCACAAGUAAGCGCCUCCGACCCGGAUUUGGGACCCAACGGCAGCGUCUCCUACUCUAUUCUGGCCAGUGACCUGGAGCCGCGGGAGCUGUUGUCCUGCGUGUCCGUGAGCCCGCAGAGCGGGGUGGUGUUCGCGCAGCGCGCCUUCGACCACGAGCAGCUGCGCGCCUUCGAGCUCACUCUGCAGGCCAGGGACCAGGGCUCCCCCGCGCUCAGCGCCAACGUGAGCCUGCGCGUGUUGGUGGGCGACCUCAAUGACAACGCGCCACGGGUGCUGUACCCCGCGCUGGGACCCGAUGGCUCUGCACUCUUCGAUAUAGUGCCACGCGCCGCAGAGCCCGGCUACCUGGUGACCAAGGUGGUGGCGGUGGACGCAGACUCAGGACACAACGCUUGGCUGUCCUACCACGUGCUGCAGGCCAGCGAGCCCGGGCUUUUCAGCCUGGGGCUGCGCACUGGUGAGGUGCGCACAGCGCGUGCCUUGGGCGACAGGGACGCGGCCCGCCAGCGCCUGCUGGUCGCUGUACGUGAUGGAGGACAGCCGCCACUCUCCGCCACCGCCACGCUGCAUCUAAUCUUCGCGGAUAGCCUGCAAGAGGUAUUGCCAGACCUCAGCGACCGCCCUGAGCCCUCUGACCCCCAGGCAGAACUGCAGUUUUACCUGGUGGUGGCCUUGGCCUUGAUCUCAGUGCUCUUCCUCCUCGCGGUGAUUCUAGCGAUCGCCCUGCGCCUGCGACGUUCCUCCAGCUUCUACACUGAGGGCUGCUUUCAAACGGGUCUCUGCUCCAAGUCCGGGCCCGGAGUUCCUCCCAACCACAGCGAGGGGACUUUGCCCUAUUCCUACAAUCUAUGUGUUGCCUCUCAUUCUGCAAAGACAGAGUUUAAUUUUCUCAACCUGACACCGGAAAUGGCUCCCCCUCAGGAUCUGCUGUAUGAUGAUCCUUCUAUGGUUGUAUGUGCCAGUAAUGAAGAUCACAAAAUCGCUUAUGACCCUUCUUUGUCUUCGCACGUGAGUUUCUGCAAAUCUAGUUAAAUUUUAUAUAUUGCGGCCGGGCGCAGUGGCUCAAGCCUGUAAUCCCAGCACUUAACCAGGCUGAAGCAGGUGGUUGAGGUCAGGAGUUUGAGACCAGCAUAGCCAAGAUGGUAAAACCCGGUCUACUAAAACUACAAAAGUUAGUUGGGUGUGGUGGCACGCGCCUGUAGUCCCAGUUACUCAGGAAGCUGAGAGAGGCGGAUCGCUUGAGCCAGGGAGGUGGAGACUGUAGUGAGCCAAGUGUGUGCCACUGCACUCCAGCCUGGGUGAUGGGAGGGAAACUCUGUCUAAAAAAACAAACAAACAAAAAUUAUAUAUUGCAUUUUCUUCUUAUUGGUGUAUAAGUAAUUUUGAUUUUCUUUCGUUGUUCUAGUGAUGGUAUCUACUGGGGGAGGGGGUACUGGAUAGAUGGAGAUUGCUUUCUUGAUUGCUCAGUAGUCUUGGCAAUUUAAUUUUCAGUCUUUACUGUUGGCAUUUCUGUAUGGUUGGCAAAUCUUGCUAAAGAGAACUGUUUCCUAGAUGUUAACACUUAGUAAUAGCAGUGCUUUUUCUUAGUUGAUAUGCGAUACUGUAUUUUCAAGUCAUUUUAUUCUUAGCUCUUUAUAAACGUAUUUAGAGUUCUUCCCGCCCAAGUUAAAGUUUAUGUUCAUCUUCAUCAAUUACAUUCUAGUUUGUCUUUUUGCAGCAACAUGUAUGUAUGCAUGCAACAUGUAUGUUUAACACAGCCUUCCAAUUAUUAAGACUCUUAACACUUUGUCUCAUCACAAGUAGCAAAUAUUGUCCAAUUUUACAUUUGCAUCACUAAUUUUGGGUCAAUAUUAUUCCCACUCUAUAAUUUCAGUCAAUGAUAUUUCAUAAUUUUCUUAACCAUUCCUAAAUUAUUUAUUUCCAUGCUCUUUCUAUUUUGUCUCUAUUAAAACAAGGAAUGUAAUGAA